AUGAUUUUUUACGAUUUUAAAUGUGGCUUAAAUCCUGAUGAGUCAUUUGAUCUCGAACUACUUUUAUGGAUGAAGGAGGACCUUCAAAAGCAACCAUCUACCGCUUGUGUAGCGAGUUCAAACGCGGUCGUCUUACUUUGGGGGAUGAACAAAGAAGUGGUCGUCCUACAACCCCUACCGAAAUAUGAUUGCUAGAUUGAACAAAAACUGUUGAUGCAGAUUUAAACCUGAUACAUUUUACCAUCUUUUUCGAUCGUAUUGUUUUAAGUUUGAAUUCAGAAUACCAUACGACAUGGAGCUACGCCUAACAAGUUAUUAUUCGGUGGCUAACAAUCCAAUAUUACUCUACUCGACAGCAGCAGAUAUACGUGUAGCUAAUUUAUCAAGAUUAGGAAAAAACAAUGUCAUAGUCAAAGGUCUGGAGCAAGGAUCUGCUGUUGAUUUCAUUUAUAGUAAAAAUUUAAUAUGUUGGUCUGAUCAAACUGCAGAACUGAUACAAUGUAUGAAAUACAAUGAAACAUACUCUGGAGAAAAGAUGAGAAUAGUGUCGGAGGGUUUGAUAACACCAACUGGGAUUGCAAUAGAUUGGUACACUGAUAAAAUAUAUUGGACUGAUGGAGAGACUAACAGAAUUGAAGUUAUAAGUAUAGAACAGAAAUACAGAAAAGUAUUGUUUUGGUCUGAAGUAGAUUUGGCCAGAGCUAUUGCAGUAGUGCCUAAAGAAGGAUUAUUGUUUUGGACAGAUUGGGGUGAAGAACCUAAAAUAGAGAGAGCAGGAAUGAAUGGUGACCCAUUGACUAGACGGGUAAUAGUCAAGGAUGAUAUAAUAUGGCCCAAUGGCAUUACCAUAGACUAUAACAACAAUUUGAUUUUUUGGGUUGAUGCAAAGCUUCACUUUAUUGAUGUUAUUGACUUCAAUGGAGACAAAAGGAAAAGAGUCGUAAAGGGUGGUUUGGAAUAUCCAUAUGCUUUAACAAUAUAUAAUGAAAAGUUUUUUUGGACAGAUUGGACAAACUGGACAAUCUAUUCAUGGGAUAUGGCAACUAAUGGUCCAAUUAAGGAAAUAAUAAAAUCUGAUCCAGUACCAGUCGAUAUUAAAGUAUAUGAUGGUAGUCGGCAACUUAUGCCCAGUGGUGAUUACCCUUGUAAAUAUAAUAACGGGGGCUGCUCGCAUUUGUGCCUUUUGGCACCAUCAGAACCAGGUUAUGUCUGCGGCUGUCCUACUGGCACUAUACUAAAGAAAAACAGCAAUACAACUUGUUACGAUAGCCCUCAGACUCUACUAGUGGUUGCACAACGCUCCAUGAUAUCUAAAAUCUCCCUUGAUGCCCCUGAUUUCACACCAUAUACUAUACCAUUGAAAGAUCUGAAAAGAGCGCUUACUGUGGACUUUGACCCAAAAACUGGAUAUAUUUUUUGGGCUGACAGUUUGGCAAAAACAAUAUCCCGUGCUCGUCUAGAUGGCAGCGAACAGUCGGUAGUAAUACACAGUAGUGGCGUGCCAGACAGUAUCGCCAUAGACCCGCUGGCAAGGAACAUCUACUGGACGGACCCCGUGCUGGACACCAUCACUGUGGCCAGGCUCGAUGGCACCUCCAAAAAGGUGAUAAUUCACGACGAACUAUAUGACCCUCGAGCGAUUGCUCUGCAUCCUACUGCUGGAUGGAUGUUCUGGUCAGAUUGGAACGAGAAACGACCCAAAAUAGAACGCGCUAACCUCGACGGGACAAACAGAAUGCUUUUAGUCACCGAAAAGAUCACCUGGCCCAACGGUAUCGCACUGGACACAGUAAACAACAAACUGUAUUGGGGUGACGCCAGGACACAUAAAAUUGAGGUAUGCAACAUGGAUGGCACAAACCGUAGGGAGAUUCACAGCACAGACAUCUUACACAUAUUCGGAUUGACGUUGCUUGGUCAAAGACUUUAUUGGACAGACAUGCAACGACGCACACUUGAUAGCAUAGACAAAGACACUGGUUUGGAGAAACAGCCAGUUGUAGAGCAGUUAGCAAACAUGUUGGGUGUAAAAGCGUUCCGUCCAGGUGAAUCUCUUGGUAAAAACCCAUGUGUGGAUGAUAACGGAGGAUGUUCACAUCUUUGCUUCAACGGACCCAACGAUUACGUGUGCAGCUGCCCGCUAGGCUUAGAAUUGGCCAAUGAUAGGAGGACAUGUACUGAGCCCGAAGCGUUCUUGGUGUAUAGUCGCAAGAAUGUGAUCGGUCGAAUCAGCAUCGAGAACGAGAACAACGACGCAGUGUUGCCAGUCAAGGAUUUGAAGGAAGUCAGUGCUUUGGAAGUACAUGUGUCAGAAUCGAAAAUAUAUUGGUCAGACAGCAAGACAAAAACUAUAAAUUAUUGCACUGUGAAUGGCGCUAACCAAGAGAAGAUAUUGGAAUGGUUGGGCCUUGUAGAAGGCCUAGCUAUAGAUUGGUCCGGUAACAAUAUCUACUGGACGGACACAACGACGCAACGUAUUGAAAUGGCAAAACUCGACGGUUCCAGUCGUCGAACUCUCAUAUGGCAAGGCCUAAAGAAGCCUAAAAGUAUUGUGUUAGAUCCUAAAAAAGGUUACAUGUACUGGUCAGAGCUCGGAUCAAGGACUAUAAAGCGUGCAUUAAUGGACGGGACUUCCCCGUCUAUUUUCGUCGAGCAAACGGGCCGCGUGCACGCUCUAGCCAUAGACUACGACAAGCGGACUCUGUACUGGGCCGCGCUCGAACCCCCGGCCAUAGAGUAUAUUCAUCUCAAUGGUUCUGGACGAAAGUUGCUUGCUGAUAAUAUUCUCAUGCCGUACGCUCUCACACUCCACUCCGAUAAAGUGUUCUGGGGAGAUUGGAACACAGGCUUGAUCGAAGUCGCGAAGAAAACGGACGGCACCGAGCGCAAAACUAUCCACACUCAACUCGACUACAUAACCGACUUGAAAGUGUAUCACCGCAAACGUACCGCCGGCGGCAGCCAAUGUGACGUCGGCAACGGCGGAUGCUCGCACCUCUGCAUCCCGCUGCCUACAGACUACCGCUGCGGCUGCCCCACGCACUACCGCCUCGACAGCGACAACCUCACGUGCUCUGAACCCGAAGAGUUCCUUAUGUUCGCUCAAAAGAAUGCCGUCGGGAGAAUAGUUGUCGCCAAUGGUGAAUGUAAUGACGCCUUCAUACCACUGGUGGGCCUUCGGAACGUGAAAGCCAUUGAAUUCGACCCUGAAAAGAAGUUAUUAUAUUGGAUGGACGAAGAUUCGCACACCAUAAGGAGAGUCGCAAUAAGUGACUCGACUACGUCGGCCAUUACUGACUCCACCGUAGUUGUAUCUGGACUAUCUAGACCGUUUCAUAUGGUGCUUGACGUUUUAGGACGAGCCCUGUACUGGACUUGUUUGGACACGGACUCUAUCAAUGUGACUUCCAUCGACAGCAACUCCUCAGUCGGCGUCAUUAUUAGAGGAGAAAAUAUGAUGCCGAGACAUUUAGCUUUUCACCAGACUAAGAGGGUGCUUGUUUGGAACGACAUCGGCAUGGGUGCCAUAAUGCGCGCCAACGUGGACGGAUCCGAGCGCGUGGAGUUAGCGCGCGCCGCCAACGCAUCCGCGCUCGCGCUCGACCACGCCGCCGGCGUCGUGUACUGGGCCGCCGGCCGGCAGCUGCACGCCGUCGACCUCGACACGCUCCACAGACGCGUGGUGUGGCAAGGCGGCUGGGUGGGCACGCUGUCCGCGUACGGCGGCGCGUUGUACCUGAGCGGCAGCGAGCGCGCGCUCAUGCGGCUGCCGCUGCAUCGCCGCGACGCGCCCGCCACACUCGUGCCGCACGUCGCCAGGCUAGCCGCCUCGCUCGCCGUGCACCCGGUGAGCCGUUCGCAUCCAUGCUACGGAGGGCGCGCUUGCGGCGGUCGUGCGGGCACGUGCCUCGCGGGUGGCGAGUGCGGCUGCCACGGGGACUGCGAGCCCCGCCCCGCCUGCGCGCCCGGACACUUCCCCUGCCGCCGCGCGCCCCGCGCCGCGCCCCACCACGCGCACUGCAUCCCCGCCGACUGGAGGUGCGACGGCCAGGUGGACUGCCCCGACGGGUCGGACGAAGGCGCGGCGUGCGGCGCGUGCGCAGGUGGCGUGCGGUGCGUGGACGGCGCGUGCGCGGCCUCGCUGGCUGGUUGCCCCGCGGGCGCGGUCUGCACACACGCACCGCUGCCUGCCGCUUUCAGGUGCGAUGAGAAGUUGUGCCUUUCGGAAGCGCUCCUUUGCGACGGACAUCAACACUGUGAAGACGGAUCUGAUGAACUACCUGCUUUCUGCGAGCAGAAAGAACCGGUAAAUACCGUACGGUCUUGGAGCGCCGCGGCGGUGUGCGGUGCGGUGGCCGGGUGCGGGGGCGUGGCGGGCGCCGUGUGGGCGGUGCUCCGCUGCCGGCGGCACCGCGCCCCGCCGCGCCCGCUGCCCCUGCCCCUGCCGCGCCACAAGCCACGCGCGCCGCCCCCUCGCGCUUGCAGCCCAGUGACGGAGAGCCUGUGCGAGCGGUAUCCGCAGCCGACGGCGAACCCGCCGCCGUCCCCGGCGACGGCGAGCGGCGGGUCGGGAGCGGCGGCGGGCGGCGGCACGGGUGGUGCGGGGGCGGGAUCGGGCGCAGGUCGGCGGCGCGCCUACCGCCACUACCGCGCGUGCAACCGCCCGCCCCCGCCCACGCCCGCCUCCACCGAUGCCUGCGAGUCCGAGCCCGAGCCCGCCGCGCGCGCUCCCCCGCCCUCACCCGCGCCCUACCUCUAUCUCUACUGA